CAUUCAUCUCUUCGCAUAUCUCGAAUGGGCAAUUCCGGGUCGAGAAACCCCUCCCGUGGCACCGGGAAGGUCGUCUUCUGGGAUGGCACCGUCCAAGAACUUGAUAAUAUGCAUCUAACGGCUGCGGAGUUAAUGCUGGACCACCCCCAACAAGUGGUGGUGGAGCUCCAGUCCGCGGUCAGUGGGAAACGGGCAAGGCCGUUGCCGGCAGAUGAGAGGCUCGAUGAGAGCAAAGUGUACUUGAUGCUCCCUGUUAGACGGGGCAAACCUGCCUCAUUAUCGACCGAGGAAGCCAGGCAGGUCCUCCUGAUCGCUAGCUCAGCCCUGAGGUCGAGGAACUCCUCUGGUUUGCUCUAUUGGGGAUUCCUCCCGUUGCUGGCUCGUGUUUGCACCGCAGGGCUCAGAGGAGAUGGGAGGUACAUUCAUGUGCCUGUUGAUUCGAGGAAGAAGGGCAAUAUGGACCAAGAGAAGGAGGAGAAGGUGAUGGCAGUAGUUGGGCAAGGAAGGUGGCAGCCGGAGGUCGACUUUGCGGAUGUAUUGGAGGGCAGGCCAGAGUAUUUGAGCCGGCAGCUCUCGGGGAAGGGAUGGAAGCCAAGCCUGGAUACUAUAGUAGAGAAGAAGAUUGAGAACAGGGUAUCUCAUUGGUUGUUUUCAUCAUAGUUAAUGUAUUAAGGUUUGUAAUUACUAAUUAGUGUCCCCUUUUUAGUUCCCUUUGUUGUGUCGUUUGGUUGUGAAAAUCAAUAUUUAGCUUUCAUAGAGCAUGAAAAUGCUGGCUUGGGAGGAGCAAGUACAAAGUACACUAGCGCCUCUCCCGAUCGAUAUCCGAAUGUACUAAAGAAUGUGACGCUUAGUAUGUGCAUUCCGAGCUUUUCCGUUUGCCAAAUUUUGAAAUGAUGGAAUAUACCAACAAGCCAUAA